GGGUAUCCAAAAACAUGAAUGAAAAUGUGCAGUGCUGUAGCCGGGACCGGUGCAAUGCCUUCGUACAGUACAGACGGUAUGUGUGGUACAGAAGUGAGUCGCUGCACUACUAUUGGUGAAGAUCUUGGGGGAGGAGCUCAUGUGGUCCACACGAUAUAUUUGAUUAAACUUGUGUCGGUGCGUAACUGAAUCUUAUCUCGAGCUGGGAGGUGUGGACUGAGGAGGGAAGAGGAUAAGGUGCUCUGUGUCAUCACAGCCCUCCGAAAGAAAACUGAUGCUCUGAAACAUGAACACUCGCAGAAACUGAAGAACAAGCUGUCACUGCAAAAUACAACAAUUCCGUAAGAAACACCGAGCGCUUUUUUUUCUGUGGAAAAUUAUCCGCAGUUUCAACGGUGCUGGCAACUUUUUUUCCCCUUUAGUUUUUAGAAAGCGACGGGUUGGAAGUUUGCUUGGAUUAAUUGUGAUUUUAAGCGAACGAGCAAAUAGCUUGAUAUAUUUUCUUUAAAUAUUGUAUUUAGUUACAUUGUCUGUAGAUAUAAAAUAAAGAAUCACGUUUUAGUUUGUUGACAAUAUUGUUUUGUUAUAUUAUUUAGAAUUCGAGCGACGAUUCAAGGAACAUCUUAUUAAAUUCUAAAAUAUAAACAAACCGAAGUAGGUUUCACUGUGUUGUGACAGUUUAAUGUGUCACAGAAAACAAGUUAACCCUCCAUAGCCUACUCUCAGAACUGGAUCGGUGGAGAUAAAAGUAAAUACAUACUGUUCUGUUAAAAAAAAAAUGGCAAAAGAUCUCAAGCCACGACUUUGCUGCAUGGCUAAAGGAGAGAAUGGGUACGGGUUUCAUCUCCACGGAGAAAAGGGUAAAAGCGGGCAGUUCAUUCGGAAAGUGGAAGCCAACUCGCCGGCAGAGGCUGCGGGAAUGCACGCAGGUGACCGUGUUGUGGAGGUGAACGGCGUGAACGUGGAAAAGGAAACCCAUCACCAGGUGGUCCAGCGAAUUAAAGCCUUGGAGAAGGAGACCCGUCUGCUGGUGGUGGACAAAGAGACGGACGAGUUCUUGCGUGGGCUGAAUCUCGCUUGCACGGAGGAGAUGGCCCGCAGCGGGGUGUCCAUCCCAGAGCCAGUCCCGGUGCCACAGGCCAGCGUGAAGGGGAACGGGGCAGUGUGGAAACAGCAGCUAGCGCUCAGCAGUGGAGAGCCCAAGAGACUGUCCAGGAGACACAGUGCAGAGAACAGAAAAAAGGAAUCUCACAGUCAGAUAAAGGAACUCCACCCCAGACUGUGUGUCCUUAUCCGAGGGGAGACCGGCUAUGGAUUCAACCUUCACAGUGAGAAGUCGAAGCCGGGACAGUACAUCCGGUCAGUGGACACAGGGUCGCCAGCAGACAAAGCCGGAUUGAAGACACAAGACAGACUAAUUGAGGUAAACGGAGUGAACAUUGAAGAUCUAAAGCACUCAGAAGUGGUCGCUUUUAUCAAAUCCAGCGGGGAGGAGGCCAGGCUGCUGGUGGUAGACCAAGAGGCAGAUGAGUACUUCAAGAAACUGGGGGUGACCCCCACAGACAGCCAUGUCAAAGACCCCCUGCCUCAGCAAAUUCCCAAUGGGUCCCCAAAGACACAGCUCAAUGGAAGUUCAACACCAGAAUCUUCUCGCCGAGAAAUCACCAGUCCAGAGAUUGCAAAAGAGAUUAAAGAAGUUACCCACCAGGACCCUUUCGCAGAGAGUGGUCUCAGCCUGAGCCCCACUGCAGCUGAAGCUAAGGAGAAGGCACAUGCAAAACGAGCAAAGAAAAGGGCCCCCCAGAUGGACUGGAAUAAGAAGCAUGAAAUUUUCAGCAACUUUUGAAAAAAAAAAAAUAAUUCAGCUUUUUCACUAUUUAAAAAUAACAAUAACAUCAGAAGCCACAUAAAUUGUGUUUACAAACUUCUGGGAGAAAAAAAGAGAGGACACUGAAAGAUUUUGGUUUCUUGCGGGACAACGUAAUCAGACAUUGUUUCUCGCUUGUGCAUAUAACAAGUACAUUAACGUGCUUUGUGACUGAUUGAUUAAAAAAAAAGAUUGAUUUGUUAGUUUCUUUAACUGAACUAUUUACAAAAGUAGUGGAUGUGCUGUACAGUAAAUGUGUAUUGCUUUUUUUUGGUCAUUUUAGUUUUUUCAUAAAAGAUUGAAUUAUGCAGAGAUAUUACUUGUCUGUCUUGUGCAGAACUGAAGCAAUUGGAUUGUGUUGAAAAAGGACAAUAGCCACAUAACUUGUGAAGUAUGUUUUCUCAUGUGAUGCUCAAGGUUUCAUAGCUGAAGAGAAAGUGAACCACUAUGAACCACAGUGUUUAAGUUAAUUGAAAAGAAGAAAAGUAUUUUCUUGUAAGCUAAGAUUGUCAUCUGUGUAUUAUAUAAUGUUAGUAUGUGUUUGUUAAACUAGUAUGUACUUUAGUAGUUAUAAUAAGGAAGCCUUUUAUAUUACUCAAGUCUAAAUAAACUGCACAUAAAAAUGCACAUAAAGUCAUCAUGUGCUUAAAGGACAAGACCAAAUGGACUAAAAAGAGAAAGAUUUUUAUUUUUUCUGUAUAGAAAGGGCCAGAUGAGCUCUUGCGUGUACUUUGCCUUGUGUUUCACAGAUGCCAUGUUGACAGGCGACUGGACACACUAGAGGCAUUAGGGUUUGUUUCUAUAUAAGUGUUAAACUGACCAGAUCUCACAUUGGUGUUCAAGAAUGAAAAUAUAUUGCAUAGCUGUUUCAGAUGCCAUUUCUACUUUAAUCAGAUGACACACCUGAGCUUGUUGUCUAUCUAUUGUCGCCAAUAAAGUCUAAAAAAGCAGUUUAAAAAAACCCUUGAUAUGUGAAGUUCCAAGGCCCUGCCAUGUAAAAUAAUCCUGCUACAUUUUGGAUUUCUUGUUUUUAUUCCAAGAUAUUCCAGAAUCUCUUUGCAUUCUUUCCACACAUUAGUCUUGCACGUUAACUAAACUGUAGCCAUGUAGUAUUGGCCCAUUCCUGGCCGAGCCAGCUCCUAUUACUUUUUGUUGGUUUUCCAUAAAAGGCAUUUAAAUGUACAAGUGCAUGUAAUAAAUAAGUAAAUGUUGAGCAAUA